GCUAAAUCAUGCUAACGCUAUAAACAGGAGUUGCACUUCAGGUAGCUGAUUUAACGGCCUGCCACUAGUAAGGGUGCAUUAAGAGAAACCAGCUCUGAGACACGCAACACAAGUUGUGGAGGUACAACAACACGCUUCCAUCCUUACCCAGGAAAUUUAUGCCUUAAACCCUGAAAAUUACAGAGGAUUUCCUUACUGAGAUACCAGAUGCAUCAGUGCAAUCUGAGGUUCACAUGGAGUUGUUGAUACGGCUGGCUCCAGCUAUCAGAUGCCCUUGAUGCAGGUCAGUCCGGCCAAUCCAACAACCCCGCCUGGACUGGACAGCCUCAAAACCCGAGUUGGCCUGGGCAACCAUUCGCACCCAUGUGGCCUGGGCAACAGCCUGGGCCACAGCCUGGACCAGGCAUGCCAGUCUGGCCUGGACAACCCGGCCAGCCCACUACGCCAGGGUGGCCAGGACCAGCUCCACCGACUGCCCCUCAAAAUGUGCCACUGACUGUCCCAUACGAGCAGUCUCUACCCAGCGGAGUUUAUGACAGGAUGCUUAUUACAAUCCAGGGGGAGGUUAAGCCAAAUGCAAAAGGGUUUACUGUAAAUCUGAGCAAAAAUAAAGACAUAGCAUUUCACUUCAACCCUCGCUUCAAUGAAGAUGGGAAGCAAGUGAUCGUAAGAAAUACCUUCAUAAACAACAUAUGGGGAAAAGAAGAAAGAGAAGCUUCCUCAUUCCCUUUUGUUCCUGGGAAACCUUUUGAGCUGAAGAUCUUGGCCACUCAAACUGAAUUCAAAGUGGCUGUGAACAAGUCCCACCUGUUGGAGUUCAAACAUCGGUUUUCUCAGCUCAACCAGAUCAAUAGAAUCAAUGUCUUCAGUGAUGUCACACUUACGUCUGUACUAGCAGAGACACUUAAGUGAGGCUUUCUAAGAACAUAUAACCAUAAACCAUGUAAGAUUAGGUAAAAUUGUCUUUUUCAGUGAGGUCAUGCAAAUAUGGUGGUUCUUUUUUUUGUUGGAAGGGUUUAAAAUUUUCAGUCAUUUUUACUAGCUGCACUGCAAUGUUGUGGUACAUAUAGGUCUCUAGAUGUCCUUGUUUAACCCUCUUUAAUGGUCCUAUGUGUUUUAAAGACAGCUUGAAACAGUUGUCUAAAUAUGUAUAUUUUACAAAUACCAGCUCCAGAAAAUUUGGGACAUCUGUGUUGGGAAUUUGGGAAAUCUAUGAUUUCAGCAAGACAAUGCCAGGCCUCAUUCUGUACAUGCUACAACAGCAUGGCAAUAAUGAAGAAAAGUUCCACUUGCAAAACUGCAACAAUUAGUGUCUUCAGUUUCCAAACCAUUAAAAAAUCUCAUUAAUAGGAAAGCUGGUGGAACACAGUGCUAAACAUGUCUCUGGUCCAACUUUUUUAAGUUGGUUGCAGACAUCAAAUUUUACUUGUGUUUGCAAAAUACAAUGAUGCUGAUUAGUGAAAAUGUUUGUUUGUUUUUUGUUAAAUAAAGAUUCAAAGUUUGCGAGGAUGGAUGAGUACUUUGUGAUUUUACUGUCUUUGGUGUACCAACUCUCUUAAAAACAACAGGGACCAUGUCUUACUAGUCACACAACAGACACAUAAGGACAAUCUAGCAUAUAAUGUUUAUGUCAGACUUUUAAUAAAAUGUUUUUCCAAGGGGCUAUUCCCACUCAC